CGACACAGACAAAAGCUGAGGCCUCUGUCUCUCAGGAGAGAAGUUGCGCAUAUGAAGUAAGUACUUACGAUCCAUGACAAAAACAGACUUGGAGCGGUAGCGAUGUCCGAAACAUCAAUCUGCGGAGAUGCCCAAGCAUUCUGACCCUGAGUGAAGAUCUUCCCGCCAAGUAUUCCAAGUGGAAACUUCGGAAUUAUGAAACGACAAACCAACAGGAUACCGCAUUAGCAAGCAUAGCAUAUCUCCACCCAACAUGAUGUAUGGGUAGACCCACCAUUCAUUGUUUGCGCUUGCAUCUCAAAGUCACUGCAAGGGAGGUGCAAUUUUGAGUCUGAUCAGAUCAGGGUACAGGUUAUUAUGAAGAUAUACAUUAAACAAGCCGGGUAGUCCUCGGCAUAUCCUCUUUCUUGAGCUAGUAACGCUUCUAGCACAAUAAAUUAUUGAUCAUAACGUUCUAUAUCUAUCUCCUGACGAAAACCUAGGACCUACCUAAAAGCACUCUCAUCCAAGGAAGAUGGAUCGAGCCAAUUUAAAAAGAACGGCGCAGGAGCUUCUGCGUUUGGCCGAGAGCGAUUCUGAAGUUGAAAAAGAUAAGCUCCGGGAUCGCAUCCAAAAACUAGAAAGCGAAAAUGCUUAUGCUGGGAAUCUCUAACUAUAAGAGCAGCUUUGUACUACUACAGGAAUUUUUACAGGAGUGUGGUGAUUCUACGUUUUGAAGAAGGCCCAUGGUCCUAGGCAAGUCCUUUAUAUGUAAAUCUAUUUGUCUCCCGCAGGGCGUACGCGUGGGGAAAAUUCACGUUAAGAUGAUAUCUACCUGCUGCACGCUUACAUUAGAGGUCGCCCCAGAUGCUAACAUGAUCAUGAUCGGCGUUGAAAAACUGUAUUAGCAUGCAUGUCCUGUAAUAUUGUUGUUCUUGUCGUUCGUGCUCAAAUCACUACUAUGAAAUAACCAACAAGUAGAUGAAGAAGAAGGCUGUUCGGGCCUCAUAACUAAGUAGUAUAUAGACCAGCACCCAGAGGCAUCCUCCUGACAUAUUUUUCUAAAAGCAGGAGAAGCGGCGAAAAUUGGAGGAAGCCGAGGCAACAUCAGACACAUUGCGGAAGGCGAAAGAACGGCUAGAAACUCUAGUGGAGGCGAUGAAGAAGGAAACUGCGGUAUUUUUUAUCUUCUUCCUUAUAUAUUAUAAGAAUAAAUAUGUUUAAUAACGGUUCCUUUGCAACUUUUCAACAGCGGCUUGUGGAUUAAUGGAGUAGUCAGUCUCAAAUCGUACAUUUUUUCGGAAUCGAUUGGAAUCAGUGCGAAGACAACUUUCAAUUAGUCCCCAAGCGAUAGUGAUAGAUAGAUAGAUAGAUGGAUGUACCCACUCGCGGGGUGUAAGAUCUUUUAAUUAGAGGCUGCAUCUCCGCCACUUUUUAUUUCUUCACCUUUUUGCACCUUUUUUCGUGAUUCCUCAUCAUGUCCACCCGUUUAGAUCUCUGCAGUAGGGUGGUGUUGCUUUCUUCAAAUUCCAACUUCCACUUUUUGCAUUUCCAGCAGCAAAUGUGGGUCUUGUUGCUGUUGUGCCACUGCUUUUCAUCGACCCAAAUUCUCUGUAGUCGAGCGGAGGGGCCAUAGCCGUACUUUUUUGCUUUUGCGUUGAAGUAGUGCUGCUCAGGCCUGAAGAUGUUACGCAGUGUUCCUACUCCUGGGCUAUCGCGCCCAAUCUGGGAACCAACAAGCACCCGUGCAAUUUUUACUAGACAUCAGUGAGGAAGAGGAUAACUCUUCGACAUCAAAACUAUGAUACCGACUGGAAGAUACCCGACGGAGUAGUUCCAAAUUAGAAGAAUGCUUCGCAAGUAUCCCCGAGGUAGGCUACAUAACUUCUAGAUGCAUCUCUUGGGGAGAUUUACAUUUACUCUACAAUCGGGAGUAGUCAGCACGACGAGUAGUGUCUAUACCUUCAUUCAAUCUAGAGCCACAUUAUCAAUAUCAUUACACACCUGCUCCAGGCGAUCGAUGAUGCUGAUCUUGGCGACCCUCGUUUCGGUGGGAAAACGAUAUCCAAAAUUCGUGGCGAGCCGCCAGAUCUGAGCGCGAUAAAAAGCAAAUGCGUCGGCGACUUACACGCGAGGGACAACGAUACUUAUGCUGAAUGUGCAUGGUGUAGUAUCUAGGCAGCCUAGGCUUCUAUGUCAACUAGUGGCGUUGACCAUCGUUAAUCGUACUGCUACUCCUAUAUUUAUAAGAAUCAUAACCCACAACCGAUGUCUAGACUACAGCAUAUGGGUUCUCCAAAUCUUUUGAAAGAGAAAGCUUACAGAUCAAUUGCCUAUGAAGGUUCUCGUACAUCCACAUAGUGACAAAUUUCAACGAACUGCUUUACAAGAAAACUGCGAAUACAGUACCCCAGCAACCCUAUCUAUCUAUCUAUCUAUCUAUCUAUCUAAAUCUGUCGAUUUAUCCAUCGCGGCUCUACAAGAGGUGGCUGGUAUGGUUUCUCAGGCAGACACGUUGUAUUUGAAUUCGAAGAAGCCUCGUGCUGGAUAAAUAUAUCAUCAAGGUCCAGCCGCAACCUCUUCUAAUUUGUUGCGAAGAAAAUGAAGGAUAUUUGCUGUACUGCAUUACAGGAGGCACUCGCAGAUAAGGUGUAUACAACAGCGCCAGGCGCGCUGGUCGGCGCCGACGCCCAUGUAACUACAAAGCAGGUGCUGUCAGACGUGAGCGCAAGAAUCAAGAAGAAGCUGGGGAAGGAAUACAAGUCGAAUAACUACUUCUUUCAGGUACAACCGCCUCUACUACUUGUAGUCUGUUGCACUUCAUCUAGCUCAAGCGGCAGGGCCAGUGUGGUUGUAAGUCUUGUUUUCAUUUAAGAAACACGAACUCGAACACCAGCAGUCUUAAAAAAAUCAUUCUGAUGAUUUUUUUUGUAAAUGUGGAGACUUUUGAACACCCCGAUUUGCCUACUGCUGGACUGGUAAAGAACGAACUUAUCUUAUCAGAUUCUCUGCGGAUACGGAGCGGAACACUAUCUUGACAGGGAACACACAAUUGUUAAGAUGAGCAAUUGUUUUUUGCUAAGUCGAAAUCCUCUGUGGAGGUAGAGCGGCAGGAGCACUCUACUGCGUGUCCUCCCUGCAUAUGCUGUAUCGUCUUGGUGAGUGGAGUAGGAGUCGAGCUUCAUAGAAAUCACGAAGUGAGAGAUCCCUACCACGUCUUCUAGGUAAGGAUACUACAACAGUGGAUUCAACAGCGCGCCCAGUUUUUUAGCUCCUGAAAGCAAGAUCUAGAUCGAUGAAACGUCACAUCUAAACUUAGCCUUUUGAAGGUUCGGCCUCCCCGUGAAGAGGAUGCCGAGAAACUUCCGACGUUCAUUUUUAUACGCGCAGACCAACCUGCCAGAUAAAGUAAAUAAUAGACGCAGCGCGGCAUAGGGGAUCUACGUUUUACAACGUGCGCGAAUAUGGUAUAUAAUAAAGAAUAAGAAAGUGGGCACAACCACCAUGGCGCACAACUAUAACGAAGAGGGCCUACAUAUAAUGUUAAGGAGCAGGCAUUGGCAUGUCCGAUCGCCAAGUAGCUACAUCAAUGACUGAGAAGAUUCAGGAAGGCAGAAGAAGGGCAACUAGGCUUGCACGAUUGACGUGGUCGCGCGGAAGUAACUAUAAUACUAGCUUGAGGGGUCCUCGCGACCUUUUUCGCUGGGCCGCGGAUGACUACGCUACUAGCACAGUUUUUUUUACAUAAAAAAAUGUGAUAAAUGUGAGCACGAACUAAUACUCGAGGGCUUGCUUUUUGCAACAUUCCAGCAGCCUCGUGCUGCCUCAUUCGAACUUCUCCCAUUGCCAUAAGCCUUCGCUCACGCAGGACAACCUACACAUUGAAUAGUGGCACACAGCGACUCAUCUCGAUGAAACUCAUCUUCACUCUACUUUUUAAUCGAUAAGAAAGAGAGCGUAGGACGCACGAUGACACUAAUCUGCAGCAAUAUUUUUACAACGUGACAUAUUGAUAUUCUGUCGUGGCUCGCGCUUGCCGAAUUUUCUCAAGAUCAUCAAGAUGAAGUCUUGAUAAAUUUUUUGAAACUAACAUCAUGAGUGCGACCGACCACCGUGAGUUUUUCGACAAGAACAGGAAGAUUUGUAGUAAGGAGUAAGCGACAGGACGAAGAGGCAUUGUUUCCCCAAUCAAAACGUGCUAGCGUAAGGAAGAGGAUAUCACUUACGUAGAAAC